AUUUACAAAACCUCCAGUGUUGCUGUUUUCUUUGGAUGGAUUCCGAGCUGAAUAUUUGCAAACGUGGGGCAAACUUCUUCCUGUUAUUAGCAAAUUAAGAAAAUGUGGGACAUAUACUCGCAGCCUAAGGCCAGUAUAUCCAUCAAAAACAUUCCCUAAUCAUUACAGCAUUGCUACGGGUCUGUACCCAGAAUCCCAUGGUCUAGUGGAUAACAAAAUGUAUGAUCCAGAGAGAAAUGCUACUUUCACACUCAAAAAUGCCGAGAAGUUUAAUCGACAGUGGUACCAAGGACAGCCAAUUUGGCUGACUGCAAUGUAUCAGGGACUAAAAUCUGCUUCGUUUUUCUGGCCUGGUUCAGAUGUUGAUGUCAAUGGAAGUUUUCCAAACUUGUACAAAUUAUACAAUAGAUCAAUACCAUUUGAAGAAAGAGUAGUAACAUUUCUUAGCUGGCUAAAAUUACCAGAAGAAGAAAGACCACACUUUUACACUCUGUAUUUAGAAGAACCAGAUUCCUCAGGACACCAUUAUGGGCCAAUCAGCAGUGAAGUCAUUCUUGCAUUAGAGAGAGUAGACAAAGUGGUUGGGCUGUUGAUGGAUGGGCUUAAGCAAAUGAACCUUCACAACUGCGUUAAUAUUAUUCUUAUUUCUGACCAUGGAAUGGAGGAAGCUAACUGCCAAAAAACAGUCUACCUGGAUGCAUAUUUGGGCAAUGUUAAAGACCUGUUUGUGGUACCCGGCCCUGCAGCUCGCUUAAGACCCCAAAAUUCUCCAGAUGAGUAUUUCUCUUUUGAUUAUGAAGGCCUUGUCAGAAACCUUACAUGUUUGCUCCCAGAGCAGCAUUUCAAAGCAUACCUGAAGCAGAUGCUUCCCAAGCGAUUUCACUAUGCCAGUAAUAAACGGAUUGAAUCGAUACAUUUUUAUAUGGACCAGCAGUGGCAGCUUGCCCGGAUACGGUCUGAGCUCAAAUAUUGCACUGGUGGAUUUCAUGGGUCAGACAAUGUAUUUGCAAACAUGCAGGCACUCUUUAUUGGAUUUGGGCCUGGAUUCAAGUUUCAAACAGAAGUUGAUCCAUUUGAAAAUAUUGAAAUCUACAACUUAAUAUGUGAUCUUCUUGAUUUAACACCAGCCCCUAACAAUGGAACUCAUGGAAGCCUCAGCCACCUUCUAAAGAGAGUCACUUAUAUUCCCAAGCAUCCCCAAGAAGAAAGCAAUCCUUCUGCAUGCCCUUUGGUGAGGCAGAGGACCUCCACUGAUGGCCAUAUCUGCUCAUGUAAAUCUUUGCCCUUGCGACCGAUUCAACCACAGGUAGAUCUUACUAUUUCAGAAAUAAAGAAGAUAGAAGAAUACAACUUGCCUUUUGGGAGGCCCCAUGUACUCCAAAAGAAGCAGACGUUUUGCCUCCUUCACAACCAUCAUUAUGUCAGUGGAUUUAGCCAGAACAUCAAGAUGCCUUUGUGGAGUAGCUAUUCUGUUAACAAGCAUGACAGCUGGAAUGCCUCUGCAGGUGCCAUCAGAAGCUGCUUCUACACGGAUCAUCGUAUUUCUUUAAAUAGCAGUCAAACUUGUUCACUUUACAAAAAUCACCCUCAGCUUAACUAUGGAUUUCUUUUUCCUCCAAAUCUGAUUGAAGAAGAUAAGAAAAAUUAUUAUGAAGGACUUCUCUCAAGCAACAUAGCACCAAUGUAUUCUGCUUUUCAAGUGAUUUGGGAAUAUUUUAGUGCUGUCCUACUACCAUCAUAUGCUGCAGCCAGAAAUGGUGUAAAUGUGAUCACAGGUCCUAUAUUUGAUUACGACUACAAUGGCGUAUAUGAUACACCAGAGGAAAUAAGAAGGCACUCAACUAAUUUAGCGGUCCUCAUUCCAACUCACUACUUCAUUACAUUGACAAGUUGUAAAAAUGUUUCCCAAACGCCUUGGCAAUGUGAAGGAUCCCUUGAUGUUGUAUCUUACAUUAUACCCCACAGAGAAGACAACAGUGAAAGUUGCAUAGUUGGCAAGCCCAAAUCUUUAUGGGUCGAAGAGAGAAUGAGAUUUCAUGUUGCUCGAAUUAGAGACGUGGAACUCCUUACAGGACUUAGCUUUUAUCACGAAGGAAAGCAGCCUGUGGCUAAUAUUCUACAGUUGAAAACCUAUUUACCAAGUUUUGACAAAGCCAGAAUUUAACUCUGUUACGUUUCCGUACCAAAAAAGAGAGACUAGAUCACAGCUACGUAAACACGCUGGAAGAUUUUCAGAAGGUACUGGAGCAAAAUGGGAACAAGAGAGAAACUGUGCCACAUUUUGUAUCUCAGGGACAUUUAAUGGACCACCUAUAUCAGAGACAAAUAGCUUUCAGCCUUAUUAUUCUCUUCAGUUUGAUAGAAAUGUCUAUACUGUUAUAAAAGACUAUCUGCAACAUCAACACAACAGAUCAAAUGGGAUAAAAACCAACAGUUCUACAUUGAUUUCAACUGCAUAAAAGUGUUCAGGAAUUACUUUAUUCUGCCUAAGGUUUUUUUUUUUUUUUAAACAAAGAGGCAAGAGCAAAUUAACUACAAGUGAACCGAACUGGCAUGUAUAUUUCAAAAGUUAUAAGUAAUAUACAAAGAUUUUUUUAUUGUCAUUUUCUGAACUUUGUUUCACUCUGUUGAAU